CAGAGUCAGCGUCACUCUUCACCUGCUUCGCCCCGAUGUCGGGCCGCGUGCGCUGGAGGAGUGCUUGAGAUGCCGGUUGGCGAGAAAGUGUCCCCAGAGGAGGCUCUGCGUGGCACCGAGUUCGAGCUCUUACGGCAGCUGCAAAAGGCGGUGCGGACUGUAAUCCUGACGGCCACCGUCAGCAACAGUUGCGUGAACUGCUCCCACGCCCUGGGCCUGCAGCUCUUUCGCCUCAUCCGGAGUUGCCUGCUGGCUGGUUGCCGCCGCUUCCGCGGUGUGCCUGCUGCCGCCGACUUCUUGUUCCUCCUGGUGGUGCCGGAGUUUGCAGGGGCUUUCCGCUAUGACCUGGAGUUCAUUGCCCACCUUUGCGUCAGCCACGGCGUUGCAAGCUUUGUCAAGCAGCUCUUCGAGGAUGAGCGGCGGGUGCGACAUUUCUAUUGCGACGCCGCCAUCAUGCGGGACGAGGAGUUGCACCUGGCCUUCGUUUCCUCCCUGAUGGCGUUGGAACCUGUGAAUUUCCACCCAGACUCCAAGUAUUUAGCCCAGCAGACGCUCUCUGCAUCCUUGGAGAAUCUCCACUUGAUUCCUGUCCAGUGGCGCUCCGAGGGCAGCGGCAAGUUGGAGGAUCAUGUGCCGGCUGCAAGGCCUGACAAGGCGGUGCCCAGAUCAGACCUGGGAGCCCUGAGCAAGAGCGCCAAAAGCGCGCUCCAGGGCUUCGUUGCAGGCCGGAAGGCUCGCGGAACGCCGGCUGAAGCAGGCCCAGCUCCGCAGGCUGCAGAGUCAGCCGUCGAGAGCGAAGGAUCGCCGGAGCCAGGGCUUUCGCAGGAGCCUUUGGAGGAGGAAGAGCAGCCAGAUCUUGCUGGAAAGUUGGAUGAGGUGGCCACUGCCCUCAAUGAGACGGAGGAGCUGGUGCGUCUACUGGAGUUGGAGGCAGAGACCCGGUCGAAGGGCAAAGAGGCACAGCAAGGGCCCAGAACUGCAUGGGGUGUGGAGGAGGAAAGCCGGGCAGAUGAGCGGCCUAGACGAAAGGAGGUGCAGGCACUUCUGAGUGAUGCGCUCAACACGUGCUGUGUACUCGAGCUAGAGGAUGCAGCAACAGAGUGUCCCUGCGAUGAAGCAGAAGAUGCCCAUGCCGAAGCAGAAGGCGCCGCGCCUGUGUCUUCAGAGGCUCGCUCUGCCGCUGACCUGGGAGGUGAGCUCGCUGAUGCCUUCGGCUUGGGCUCCAUGCCCGUGGCGCCAGUGCCGGAGGUAGAGAUCAGCCUCCGGGACUUGGUGGCAGCCGGAAGACGAGCCAGGCAAGCGCCAAGAAGGAGUUCUGCCCCGGGUGUGCUGCAGGCGCCAGCGCCGGCAACGGAGUCCAGGCCAAGCAGGGCUGUCAGCCCGGAAGCUGAACCUGACGAGGCAGAUGAUGCGGUGGCUGCGCUGGAGGGUCUUUGGCACUCUUCUCGACGUGACACGGCCCGACGCUUGAUGAGGGCUUCUAUCUCAACCGGAGCUCGGAGCACAUCCAGCGACUGGUCAAGCACGAUGGAGUCGUCUCCUCACCCAGGCGUAGGCAUCCUGCCUCUUCGAAGCGCUUCUUCCUGUGACUCCGACAGCAACUCCGAGCAUUCAGGAUCUGUCUCAAGCUCCAGCUAUGCCCCCCAGGAGUUGGGCAACGGCGUUCACCUGGAGUGGAGGCUGCGCAUGCACACGCGCCUGCCCAAAGAUGUGCAGGUGAUGAGGCAGCAGGGCCUUUGUCUUGGCUGCCAGCGGCGCCUCUCCUCUUCGCUCUUCCAGCAACCCAGGUACUGCCACUACCUGGGCCUCGUCUUCUGCACCAAGUGCCACCUGGGGGACAUCCGCGUGAUCCCUGCCCGGGUGGCAGAGCGCUGGGACUUCGAGCCACGCAAGGUGUGCCACGUGGUGGCGAAGUACCUGGAUCUCCAAGUGAACCAGCCCUUGGUUCCCAUCACCAGCAUUCGCCGCACCAAGGCAUCCUCGCAAGAGAUCCUGACUGAGAUUCACAUGAAUCGUCAGAAGCUCACGAAGAUCCGGGAGAUGCUGACCACCUCAGGCUGCGACUUCCAGCACCAGCUGCAGGCCUUCCUCUCUCAGUUGGAUGCACACGUGGCCCGCGGGCACGAGUUCUACGCAAUGCAGGACCUCAUCCGAGUCCACCUGCAGGGGCGGAGCUGUCCGCUCUAUGUGAACAUUUCCCGCUGCGUUGCGGCCUGCGCGAAGCACAUUCACUCUUGUGAGACUUGCGCUGCCUCGGCAUCUUUCUGCCCCAUUUGCGGCUCCAACGAGCGUGUGUUUCCCUUCGAGGUAGCGUCAUUUCAUGCGUGCGGUGAGUGCCAGGCCGUUUUUCACCAGGCGUGUUUUCGGCGGGCGGGGUCUACUUGCCCCUUCUGCGCGGCAGGGCCAAAACCCGCAGUCUCAGCUGUGCAAGCGCGGUAGCUUGCAACACGCUUGGUGCGGCGCGCCUGGAUCUUCCAAUUUAGGAUGCUUCGCUU